AGGAUUUCACCCCAGUUCCAUGUAAAGCUCCACCACCUCCGAAAACAGAAAGAACUUUUCCUCCUUAUACUGGAUUUGGUUCCGAAGAGGAUUCUCUGUGCUCCUGUAUGGGUCUGCUUCUCAAGCCUCCCCAAAAAGAUUUCAAGAAAUUCAUGGAGAAGGACAGGAGCGGGCUGGAGAGCAACACGCUGCGCUUUCUUGCCAAGCUUGUCACGGGCAGUCCCGCGGACGGGGACCGGAAGUUCGUUAUCUCCUACUUCCUGAGCGAUGACACCAUUGCGGUUUUUGAACACAGGCAGCGAAACACAGGGAUACUUGGGGGGAAGUUCUUGCAAAGAGGUCGCAUUAAGAAGCCUGGGCAGGACCUCUUGAAGAGCGAACCAUCUGAAUACUUCAAGGCUCAGGAUCUGUUUGUUGGAGCCAAAGUUUGUUUCCAUGGUCACAACUUCCUUUUGGUGGAUGCUGAUGAGUACACGUUCAACUACAUGGAGAAGCAUGCAAAUGAGUUCUCCAUGGCUGAUAUCACUGUCAUCCUCAAGAAACUGAAAGACAUAGCUGAACCUCGCUGCCGAGAGAUCAGACAGAUGUUUGCAGCCAUUGACCCUGAGCAUACCGAGGUGAUUGAAUACAACCCUUUCAGAAGUUUGAUAGUCAGUAUCACCGAUGGAGCGUUUUCAGAACAUGAGAUUAUGACUCUUGGGCACUAUUACAGUGUGAAAGAUGAAUAUGAAGUGGAUCUCCACUUCCUCCUUGCAGUAGCUCAAGAACAACUGAAAAAAAAUGGCUUUGAGAAUUUUGGACAACUGUCUGAAGUGCUUAUAUACAAUGACCGUGAAAAAUGUGGAGUGCUGCCCCAUGAAAUGUGCAGGACUAUUUGCAAGUCCUUUAAGUUGCCACUGGCUGAUGAUGAUCUGCAAACUUUACUGACCAUGUUUGAAGAUGACCAUAAGCAAGUGGACUAUAAAAAGUUUGUGGAUGGACUGAACUGGAGAGAGAAUCAAAUCCCUGCUUUCCAGACAAUUAAGGUCCCUCUCAAGAAUGAAGAUGACUGGAAAGGACAACCACCAUUCCUUCCUGUGAAAGGGAUCAAAUACUUACCUCUUCUAGAUGAUCUGUUUGGCAAGGAAGAAUAA